AUGCGGGGCCCCCCUGACGACACACAAGUGGCCCUGGGCACGAGCUCCACGUGCUCUUAUGGCAAAGGCGGAACUGGUAUAGACAGUAAUGAGUUAUGUGAAAAGCGAAGAUUAUGCAACUCUACGUUGCACGGCGUCUGUUACAUUGCGGAGAAAGAUCGACCGUUUUGUGAAAAGUUUAUGUGGUUUAGCUUUACAGCAAUAGGUGCUGUUGCCACUUGCAUUAUUAUAGUGAGUCUAUGGGAGAAGUUCCAGACGAACCCGACAAUUACAGGCUUAGAUACCGAUUUCCACAACUGGGACGUGCCUUUUCCCGCGGUCACGAUAUGCGACAUGAAUCCAGUGGACGAUGAUUUAUUAAGGGAAUACAUGAACAAAGUGUGGCCGUCUAAAGCACCGGAGAAUGCAAGUGACAUGUUGCGGUGGCUUUCAACGUUGAGCUAUCGUUCUAUUGUCGAAAGUACCUCAAAGUUUGUCGUACAGCCUGACCUAGUUGGACAUAGUGUUAUGGAUGCGCCAGUCCCAGCAAUGGACCCUAAAGAAGCUGUGUUUAGUAUUGUCCAACGAUGUGAGAGUGCAUUUUUCGAUUGUGAAUGGAAAGGUGACUCGGAAGAAUGUUGCGAUCUAUUAGCUCCAGUGUUCACUGAAAUGGGUUUUUGCUACUCUUUUAAUUCAAAGCACGCGGAGAGAUCUUGGCCGUGGCAAUCCCAAGCGCAGACCGAGCAGUUUACGGAGGCUUACAUUCACGAGACGGAUUCUAAGUGGUCUUUUAUGUUUAACUCCUUUCGGAAUACAUCGAUAGUGGAUAUCUACAUUCAUUCGACGGAAGAAAUGGCAGGCUUAGAGCAAAGCGCUCAACUUUCCUGGGAUCACCGCGUCGAGAAACUGUCGUUCUCGGUCAAACACACUUAUACAACAGAGGACGCUCGACAGCUCUCAAUACGGCAAAGGCGAUGCGUUUUCGCCGACGAAGUAAAUUUGGAGACGUCAUCGAUUUAUACGUAUUCAGCUUGCAUGCGGCAGUGUCGCAUGCGAAGAUGCCGCUCGUAUUGUAAAUGUGUUCCGCAUUUCUACCCAAAAACAAAUGGUUAUAGGCAGUGCACUGUAAAGGAACUGCAAUGUAUCGCAAAGUAUGCUGCCGAAAUAACCGAUGUGACCAGGUGUUCCUGCGAGCUUGGUUGCACGCACACUGUUUAUGAAGUAGAGAAACUAACAGAGAUUGAUACCAAAGGUCCAGAAGCGUCCAAUUCAUUAGAAACCGAGUUUGUAUCGUGGCCUAUGGUGCGUUACAAACGCGAAGUGCUCUUUGGUUGGGUUGAUUUGUUGGUUUCUUUCGGCGGCAUUGCGGGCCUCUUCCUCGGAUUCUCACUUCUGUCUGGUGUGGAGUUGGUGUACUAUUUCACGCUUCGAGCUUGGUGUUCGGUGUGGCGCGACGCUGAUAUGCUGCGCCGUGAACGCGCAGAAAGGCUCUCGCGGCCCAAGCCACCCUACAAUCUUAGUCUUGUGCCUUGGUGGAUAAAACCCCCGGAAACAAAUGACGUCCGUCCAAUUAAAGUGAACGUGAGAGACAUGCGGCCACCACAGUAUUCUCCGCCACCUGGAUACACAGAGUAUUUGCCA